AUGCUGAAGACCGCUAACCGACCCGGCCAAACGAUACUUACUGCUACUGGUACUGUCACUGCCGGCGCAGAUUCGGAGUCUCUAGUGCCGUUGCUGCAUCUGACCUGCCGACGGAUUGCUGCUGCUGCUGCUGCUGCUGCUAACUGGUACGAAAUAGCUGCUGCCUGCCCGGCACUGCGAGUAGCUGAUCGCCAACUGUCGAGGGUCGAGAGUCCACUACACGGCAAAACCCAAACCCUACCAAAUCCACUUCUCGUCAACCGGCUACGAGGGCCCUCCUCGAUGGCAAUGGACGCGGGCGAGAAGCUGAGCGGCCGCGAGCCGUCCACGCCAGUCAUGGCCGCCGCCGACACAGUCCCCAAGCCCAUCGACGAAGCCGAAGUUGUAACCCCAAAGACGACCCGCGAUUCACUCGUGACCGUAAGGCUCUCUGAGCCGCCAACGCUGACGUUGGAAACCGCCUCUGCUCGAAAUAGCGAUAUCCCCGAGGUGCCUGCGCUGCCAGCGACCAGCGAGCCGAUCGAGGACCCCACCAGCUCCAGCCCUGAUGUGCCAGACGCCGCUCAAACCCCGACCGCCACUUUGUCUGCCUCCGCCGAGGCAAACCGUAGCCUCCAUGACGAACUUGGAGAGUAUGACGAUGCCGAUAGUGAUGGCUCAGAUUCAGAGGAGGUCAACUGGGAAAAACUUGAAAAAACGGAAGACGAACAGACCAAAGACGAAGAGACUGAUAACUCCACCGCUCUGCUUCUGGCACGUUUAGAACAGGAAAACGCCAAGCUGGCGACAAAUCCAAAAACCGUCAAAGUUCAGCUUGUCGAGAAGCCUCCGCCAAACAGGCCGCGCCCGCCAUCAAUGGCUAUGCUCCGCAAAAUGGUUCGAGGGCCCACGCCCGCCGCGUUGCGAUACUCGAUGCUGCCUCCGCCGCCGAUGACAGAUCUCGAAUUCUACGCUGCUCUUGUCAAGGACUACCAACAGACCGCGGCCCGGCUGCCCACACUGCUGUCCAACAAGAUCCGCAAGGGAAUCCCCCCGCCGCUGCGAGGCGUGGUGUGGCAGAGCAUGUCUGGCUCUCGCGACCACGACUUGGAGGAGCAGUACGAGCGACUCAAUGGCGAAUCCAGCCCGUAUGAGGGUCUUAUUGGCAAGGAUCUCGGCCGGAGUUUUCCUGGCGUUGAAAUGUUUCGCGACCCAGACGGAGACGGCCAGCGUAUGCUUGGGCGAGUGUUGAAGACGUUCAGUCUGUACGAUACCAAGAUUGGAUACUGUCAAGGCCUCGCAUUUCUCGUUGGCCCUCUGUUGAUGCACAUGCCUGACAAGCAGGCAUUCUGCAUUUUGGUUCGACUCAUGGAGCGCUAUGAUUUGAGAAGCUGCUUUCUGCCAGACCUUUCGGGACUCCAUGUGCGAAUAUACCAAUUCCGAGAGCUCUUGAGAGCCAAUCUCCCCUCGCUGUGGAGCCACUUGGAAGAUCUGCAAGUAGAAACGGCCUAUGUCUCGCAGUGGUUCCUCAGUUUCUUUGCAACCACCUGCCCCCUGCCGAUGCUAUUCCGCAUUUACGACGUGAUUUUCGCCGAAGGUGCCCCUGAGACACUAAUGCGCGUCGCACUAUCACUAAUGCGGAGGAACGAGGCCAGAUUGCUGUCCUGCACUGAGCUUGAAGACGUGAUGCAGCUCCUCUUGUCCAGGGGUUUAUGGGAUUGUUACCACUACAACGCCGACGAGUUCGUCCAAGAUUUCGCCAGCCUCACCAGUAUUGUCACUCGAGAGAAGCUCGCCCAGCUAGAGCAGGGAUACCGCGAAUCUCUAGUUGCGACCGCCAACACCGCCCGCACGUCUGAUAUUGCAACCGCCGCCGCCCGAUUCCUAGGUCGCAUCUGGGCAUCGUCCGGUGCAUUCCCCAGAGCCUCAGGAUUGGCUCCAGGUUUUAGUGCACCAUCAAGGCCACUGAGCAUGUUGCGACGCAGCACCUCCAAACAAAGCCUUGCCUCCACCCUAAACUCGGUUGAGGCAAGCUCCGCCAGUGUCAUGAGUUCAUCGUCGACAGAUGCCACUACUGUGUCCAGAGACUCUUCAAACACUGUCGAGGACGAUUCUGCAAGCCGCGAAUCAACCCCGGUAGCUCCCAAGGUCGCCGCCAGCAGCAGCAGCAAAAACACAGACGAUAAACAUCUGCAUGGUCAGAUUGAAGAUCUCCUCACCGUGCUAAGCGAGCUGCAGCGUAAUCAUGCGUUGCUGUCAAACGAGCUGAAACGCGAGCGGGAGGAGAGAGAAGAGGACCGAAAAGCUGUUCGAUCCCUCUUGGACGGGCUCAGGAAGAGAGCAAGCCUCGCUGACGAGGAAUCAGACGAGGAGUUGGACGAGGAGGAAGAAGAAGAAGAAGAUGAUGAUGAUGAUGAAGAAAGAGAUGAAGAAGAAGAAAAAGGUGGAGAGGACAGUUUGAGUUUGAAGAGCUCUAAAGAGGCUACUGAAACUGGCGAAGAAGAAAAGGGAGAUGAAGAAGAAGGAGAGGACGAAAAGGAGGAGAAAGAGGAGAAGGAAGAUGAAGCAGAGACAUCUGCUGAUGAAGAUGAUUCGGCCGAUACAUCAGAUGCGCCAUCCGCAGAGGACUUGUCAGAGCUGCUUGAUAGAGUGGAAAGCCGCUUCGGCAGUGGAACUGACGGCGACGAUGGCGACAAGAGCAAAUCUCAGCCGUCAGCACCUGGCACAAACUCGGAAAUGCAGAUGGAGCUGCAACAGGCCAAAGACCAGCUGGCCAGUGCCAUGUCGCAGAACCAGACUUUCAGCCGGCAGAUACACGACUUGGACCAAGAAAUGUCGUCUCUGAAAGAGCAAAUCCGGGAAAGCCACAGCCACGUCAGGACCCUUCACCAGGACAAGCAGCGGCUGGAAAAGCAGAUACAGGCUUUACGAGCCAGACCAGCAUCCAGUGAUCCGGGCCUGGGCAGUCUCGAUUCAGGAACGGAGUGGACCCCCAAGCCACCCGCUGGGCUGAGGGAGUUUAAGCUCGGGCGUAGUAAGUCGAUGGCUUCUCAGGGCUCAACAUAUGACCGGCGAAAGUCGUCGGUGAUGCAAAGCAACGACCUGGUGCCACCGCUGCCGGCGUCGAUGCCCCCGACACCAUUGGCGUCAAACGAGAGCAAGUCGUCUCAGAACGACCUCGAUACGCUGUUGAUGGAGCUUGCGCAGGCAAAGACGGUGCAGGCCAUUGCGAAGCAAGAGGCGGAAGAAGCGAAGCAGCAGCUGGAAGCGAUGAAGAAGAUGUACAACCAUGCUCAAGCUCAGCUUCAAGCCCAGGCCCAAACUCAAGGAGACUCUCCCAACGGCCCUGUAUCUCCAGGCUCGAUCAACGCCAAGGUUGCCGCGACCGCUGCUACGUCCCCCGGAUCAGGUGGUGGUGGUUUCUGGGGCUGGCGCAGGUGA